AUGGCGACCGAAGGAAUGGAGAUGAAGGAGGAGCAGCUUCCCCACCAGGAGGGUAUUGAUGAGGAGGAGGAGAUUGCCGCCAUGAAGAGACGCGUUGCUGAGAUGGAAUCUGAAGCCGAAAAGCUGCGCGACAUGCAAAACACCCUUGAACAGCAGUCCUCAGAGUUCGCCGAGAACAAAGAGGAUGUGGACGCUCGCAGCAUUUUCGUUGGAAACGUUGAUUAUGGUGCUUCGCCUGAGGAGAUCCAAGCGCACUUCCAAAGCUGUGGCUCUAUCAACCGUGUCACAAUCCUGCUGGACAAGUUCUCCGGCCAGCCCAAGGGCUAUGCUUAUGUAGAAUUUGCAGAGCCCAGCCUUGUCGCGCAGGCCCUGGUUCUGAACGAGAGUGUGUUUCGUGGUCGUAACCUAAAGGUGACUCCUAAGCGCACCAAUCUGCCUGGCAUGACCCGGGGCCGCGGUGGUCGUGGCCGUGGCCGCGGUGGUCGCGGUGUCUUCCGAGGCUACCGGGGUGCCUAUCGCGGCAGCCGUGGACGUGGCUUUGCGCCAUACUAA